AGUGGAGGAGAGCAGACAUCAUAUAAAGUUCUUCUUCCUCUGCUUUCCUUUUUCUUCAUUUCCAUUUCCACUUCUGCUCUGCAACUUUCUUCCAUUCUUCUGCUCCUUUCAUUUUCUUCCCAUUUCUCACACCAAUUUCUCUUAAUCUCUCUCUGUUUCUUUACCUGAACUACGUAACUCUGUUCUUACAUUCUCUUUAUCCUCUUUUUUCUGUGAUUUUUUUUUUCAUGUUUUUCUGUUCGUUCUUCGUUUUGAUCUUGUGUUGAGAAUCUUUGAGAUUUGUCUUUCUAUCUAGCUGUUUUUUCACUCUGUUUUUCUUGCAUUUGCUGAGUUUGUCCUCAAAUAAGGAUUUGUGCUCUGUUUUUUCUUCUGUUUCUUCUAUGGAAUAUGGUGCAUUUUGGAUUCUAUUUUGAUGUUCUAGCUCUGGAGUUUUCUUGUUACGUUUUGUUUGGUGUUUUUGUACUGUUUUUUCUGGUUACGUAUACUUGGACUUGACGGGGGGAGGAACAGCGCCUUCUGAUGGCGCUGUUUAGAAAAUUGUUCUGCCGGAAGCCUCCAGAUCGGCUUCUAGAGAUGUCGGAGAGAGUUUACGUGUUUGAUUGUUGCUUCUCUACGGACGUCUUGGAAGAGGAUGAAUACAAAGUGUACUUUGCUAGCAUUAUACCAAAGCUGCAAGACCACUUUCCUGAUGCUUCUUUCAUGGUGUUUAACUUUAGUGAACGAAAGAGGAAGACUAGAACUUCAGAUAUAUUGUCUCAUUAUGGUAUGACAGUUAUGGAGUAUCCUCUGCAAUAUGAAGGGUGUCCACUACUGCCAUUGGAGAUGAUCCACCACUUCAUUCGGUCGAGUGAAAGCUGGUUGUCCUCUGAGAGACAGAAAAAUGUAUUGUUGAUGAACUGUGAACAAGGAGGAUGGCCAAUCCUUGCUUUCAUGCUUUCAGGUCUCUUAUUGUACCGCAAACAAUAUGAGGGGGAGCAAAAGACCCUUGAAUUGGUCUACAGGCAAGCUCCUAGAGAACUUUUCCAUGUUCUCUCUCAGAUAAACUCACAGCCUUCUCAAAUGAGAUACCUUCAGUAUAUUUCUAGGAGAAACCUAGGUUCUGAUUGGCCUCCACCUGAUUCACCUCUAAUUUUAGAGUGUCUGAUACUUCGGGACCUUCCGAUGCUUGAUGGAGGAAAAGGGUGCAGGCCUAUCAUACGCAUUUACAGCCAGGACCCGUUAACACCACGAAAUAAAAGUCCAAAACUUGCUUUUUCUAGUGCAAAGAUGAAAAAACAUGGUUGCCAGUAUCUACAGGCAGCAAGCGGACUGGUAAAACUGGAUGUCCAUUGUCAUGUUCAAGGGGAUGUUGUUCUUGAGUGCAUCCAUUUAGAUGGUGAUCUAAUACACGAGGAAGUGAUAUUUAAAGUCAUGUUUCACACGGCGUUUGUGCAUUCAAACAGUUUGAAGCUCAAUCGUGAUGACGUUGAUAUUAUAUGGGAUGCCAAGGGGCAGUUUCCUAAAGAUUUUAUAGUAGAGGUACUUUUUCUGGAUCCUGAUGAUGCAGUGCCAAACGUCUCUCCUGUGACGAAAAGUGAUGACAAAAUUGAAAUAGUAAGCAAUUCGACUGAGGAGUUUUUUGAAGUGGAAGAAAUAUUUAGCAAUAUAGUUGACGUGCAGGAAUACGAUGUUCAAAUGGUACAUGCUAAUGAAGUAGAUGAUAUUGAUCAUCAAACAGUUUGGAAGGAAGAUGCAGAUCCUCCUACAUUCCAACGCUGUAAAUCUUUUGGAGGGAGUCGUAACUUGGACAAGAAGAUCGAUUGUAACGUUGAAGCAGUGAAAGACAUCACUGUCGAUGAUGUGACUUUCAAGCGAGAUGAAAAAAUGGACUCUGGUCUUCAUGUAGUGAAGGACAUUGUUAUGGAUUAUUCAGAUAAAAAGUCAAAUCCUCCGCUAUUUUCUGUUAACGUACUGAGACGCAUGGGAAUCAAGGAACUGAUAGACGAUGUGUACAACAAGUUGGAAGAGGUUGAGCAUCAAGGGUAUCUAGAAGAUACUGCUAUUCCAGACUUUGAAUCGAAUGUUCCUGCGAAAAAAUUGGAUUCUGAUGCGUGGAGGCUUAAAUAUGAGAAGUUGCAGCCACUAGCAUCUAGGAAACAGCCUUCGUCAACAGCUAAGCUAUUAAAUAAUACAACCUUAGCUAAACAGAAGACCAAACAACCAGAAGAUCAGGGCUCUCUUAUUCAGGCAAAACCAAAAACUCUUUCUAGAUGGACUCCACAUGACAAAGAAUCUUACAUAAACUCCAUGCAUGUGUUUUAUCCAUCAUCAUGGCAUACUGGUGCCUCAGCAACAUGUAUUAGUUCUCCUACUAGAGAUUCUUAUUCAUAUUCAACUUCAAAACCUGCUUCUAUUACUUUAGGACUGCUGCUGUCAACUGAUACAGCAGAUGAACAAAACUGUAACAUGGUGAGUCCUAGAAGGCCUUUAUGUUGUUCUGCAACAGAGAUUCCCACGAGUAAACCGCAAUCCCCACUUGGCUCCCCAAAACAAUUACCAAAUGCUGUUCUGCAUCAAGAUCCUACUCUACGGUCACCAGUUCUUCAUGCUAACACGUCUUUCUUGCAUACAUCAUCUCCUAAAUCUUCUUUGCCACCCUCUUCAUAUAUUCACAUAAAUGCUAGAUCUCCACCACCUCCACCACCACCACCACCACUACCUCCUCCACCUUCCAGUCACGUGGCCUCUAAAAGUUCAGCGUUGGUGCGUGGAAAUGCACCUAAGCAUAGAGCUCCACCAGUACCACCUCCACCUCCUGUACGUAAAGCUCAACCACAAUUACCUCCCCCACAGCCACCCCGUUCACCUGGAGCUUUGCUUUCUCCACGCCUAUCUAAUGCUGGAGCUUUUCCACCACCCCCUCCCCCACCUCCUCCAAUUCAGAAAGCUCCUCCACAUUUAACCCAAGGGCGACAGGCUUUAAAAUCUCCAACAACCUGUGUGGUGUCAUCAUCAUUGCCGUCUCCAAUUUGUAAUGUGCCAUCACCUCCUCAACCUACGACAGGUCCCCUUCCACUGGUUCCUUCUCCUUCCAGACCUUCAGGAGGUAUGUCUCCACACCCGGGAGCUAAAGGAGUAAAUUCUUCAACUGAUGUGAAAACAUCAUCUGUUGUGAGGGGACGUGGGUUCUCACGGUCAUUGGGCACGGGGGUGGCUGCUACAGGACCUCAACGAUCAUCAUUAAAACCUCUGCAUUGGAGCAAGGUGACUCGGGUACUACAAGGGAGCUUAUGGGAAGAAUUGCAAAGAUUUGGAGAUCCUGAAAGUGCACCAGAAUUUGAUGUAGCUGAGCUGGAGACACUUUUCUCUGUGACUGUCCCUAAACCUAUUGUUGAUUCAGGAGGUAAAUCUGGAGGACGAAGGAAGUCAGUUGGAUCAAAAUUGGACAAAGUUCACUUGAUUGAUCUUAGGCGGGCAAAUAACACUGAAAUCAUGCUAACAAAAGUUAGAAUGCCACUGUCUGACAUGAUGGCAGCAGUUCUCUCCAUGGAUGAAUCGAUAUUAGAUGUAGAUCAAGUGGAAAAUCUUAUCAAAUUUUGCCCCACCAAAGAGGAGAUGGAACUUCUCAAGGGAUACUGUGGUGACAAGGAAAAACUCGGAAAGUGCGAACAGUACUUUUUGGAGAUGAUGCAAGUGCCUCGUGUGGAGUCAAAGUUAAGAGUGUUCUCUUUUAAGAUUCACUUCAGCUCUCAGAUAGUAGAGUUCAAAAAAAGCCUAAACACUGUAAACUCAGUCUGUCAAGAGGUGAAGAACUCUUGCAAAUUGAAGGAAAUAUUGAAGAGAAUUCUUUGCCUGGGGAAUAUGCUGAACCAAGGAACUGCUAGGGGUUCUGCCAUUGGAUUCAGGUUGGAUAGUCUCUCGAAACUCACUGAUACUCGUGCUACUAACAAUAAGAUGACUCUCAUGCAUUAUCUCUGUAAGGUCCUCGCUUCGAAGUCACCAUCACUUCUUGAUUUUCAUCUGGACCUUAGUAGCUUGGAAGCUGCAUCUAAGAUACAAUUGAAGUCUUUGGCGGAAGAAAUGCAAGCAAUAACAAAAGGAUUGGAAAAGGUGAAGCAAGAACUAGUUGCAUCUGAAAGCGACGGCCCCAUCUCCGAAGCUUUUCGUAAGACAUUGAAAGGAUUUGUUACUCUUGCCGAGAAGGAGGUGGAAUCUGUGACCGUUCUUUACUCAGCGACGGGUAGAAAUGCGGAUGCACUUACACAAUAUUUUGGCGAGGAUCCUGCCCGUUGUCCAUUUGAACAAGUUACAGGAACUCUCUUCCAUUUUACUCGUUCCUUUAUGAAAGCACACGCAGAGAAUUGCAGGCAGUUGGAAAUGGAGAUGAGAAGGCUGAGAAAAUAAGUGAAAUUUGGAAAAAGGCCACGAGCAUCAUCAAGCUGAUGAAGAAGUUUGUGAGGGGUGAUAUUCAAUUCGACGAUUGCAACAAGAUACGAUAUAGUAUCCGAGGAUGUCAAAAAGAUCCUUUCUUAGGACACCAGAAAUCUAAGAUCGAUAGAAUUUGGAAAUUGCAGAAACUUUAGCAUCCCACAAGGCUAAUCUAGGACAAGGAUCAUCCAUGCUAUGCCAAAAUUAUGACUCUGAAUUCUCUCCAAAUGAACAAAAUUGUACUUCAAUCUUAUGUGGUCAUAACGUAGGAUCAAGAAGUAAAGGAAACAUAGGCUUACUUUUUUCUGCAGAAUCUGAGUUACUUAGAUCCAUUGGAAGGAUCAGGCCCUUUGGAGUCAUAGCCUUCUUGAAAGAGUUCAUGUAAGUAGAGAAAUUUGAUUUCAGAUUUACAACAGACCAGCGCCUAAGAACCGUUCAGACUUCAGCCGUAGGAUCUAACACCUGGCAUAAUAGCUAUCUGUACAAAGCUCUCUCCCUGUUCAUAUCUUAUGAUUGACACCAAUUCUGUAACAUUCAGAGGUUCUGUCCCUGAAGAUGUUGUAUAGCUCUUUAGUUAAGAUGUUAGAAGUCAGCCAUAGCUAACUUCUGUGACUGUAACAUAAUGUACUACUCUACUUCUUAGACAGAGCAUGAAGCUAUCAACAUUUGG